AUGCUGUGUGCACUAUCGGGCGAGAUCCCUGAGGAGCCCGUCGUGUCCAAGAAGACCGGCGUCCUCUUCGAAAAGCGCCUCAUCCUGAAGUAUCUAGAAGAGCAUAACAAUAUCGAACCUGGUACAACCGAAGAACUCGACCCGGAGACCGACCUUCUCCCCAUUAAAACCUCCCGCGUCGUGCGCCCGCGCCCCCCCAACUUCACCUCCAUUCCGUCCCUGCUUAAAGCCUUCCAGGACGAGUGGGACGCCCUCGUUCUCGAGACAUACACCACACGCGAGCAGCUGGCGCGCGUGCGCGAGGAGCUGGCCACCGCGCUGUACCAGCAUGAUGCCGCGGUUAGGGUGAUUGCUAGGUUGACACGGGAGAGAGAUGAAGCGAGGGAGGCGUUGGCUAGGCUGACGGUGACGGGGGCUGCACCAGCGGCGCAGAAUGGAGAGGCAAUGGCGGUUGAUAGUGAGAGUUUGUCCGAGGGGCUGGUUGAGCAUGUUAAUGAGGUGCAGCAGCAGUUAAUGAAAACCCGCAAGAAGCGCCCCAUUCCCCAGGGCUGGGCCACCGCCGAUGAUGUGGCUGCCUUGCAGCAGGUGGCUUACACCGACCUCAAUGUCACGCAGGCGUCGUCGCUCGAUCUCGAGAACGAGUGUGCCGCGGUUGGCGGGCUGGAUGGCAAGUUGGAUAUCUACUCUGUUGUGGCUAAUAAGGUGGAGCGCACGCUCGACAUUGGCGAGCCGGUUACCGCGACCGAGUGGACUGGUACCAAGGUGGUCAUUGGCACGGCCAAGGGCUGGGUCAAGGUUUAUGAUGCGGGUCGGGAGUCGGCCACAUUCCAGACCCAUGCUGGCCCAGUGACUGGGCUGGCUGUGCAUCCUGGCGGGAGGAUCCUUGCGUCUGUGGGUGUGGAUAAGAGCUUUGUGUUUUAUGACCUCGAGACUGGGGAGAGAGUUGCUAGGGGAUAUGCUGAUGCCGCCCUAACAACCUGCGCCUUCCACCCCGACGGAAACCUUUUCGCCGCUGGUACGCAAACCGGCCACAUCCUCGUCUUCCACACCACUACCCUCGAACAAGCCGAGUCCUUUCCCCUCGGUACGCCCAUUCAAGCCCUCGCCUUCUCCGAAAAUGGCUUCUGGUUCGCCGCCACCGGCAAGGGCACCUCCAGCGUCACCAUCUUCGACCUGCGCAAGUCGGGCGCAGCGGCUGCCGUCAAGGAGCUGCAGACUGGUGAAGUUCUGAGCAUUAGCUGGGAUUAUACCGGGCAGUAUCUUGCAACCGGCGGAGGUACCGGUGUCACAGUGCAGAUGUAUACUAAAGCGACGAAGAGCUGGUCGGAGCCGGUCAGGUUGGGGAUGCCCGUUGUUGGGGUUAAGUGGGGGGGUGAGGCGAAAAGACUGGUUGUGGUUAGUCGUGAGGGAGUUGUUAGUGUUCUGGGGAAGAAGGAGGAGUGA